AUGCCUCGCGAGCGCUUUGUGAAGCAGUCGUUGGGCGUCGUGCAGAGAAGACUUGUCGAGUCCAAAGUGCUCCUCGUCGGCGCCGGCGGCAUUGGCUGCGAACUCCUCAAGAACCUCGCUCUGACCGGGUUUGGCGAGAUUCACAUUAUAGACCUCGACACGAUUGACCUCAGCAACCUCAACCGACAGUUUCUCUUUCGCCAUGAGCACAUCAAAAAGUCUAAAGCGCUUGUCGCGAGGGAAGCCGCACAGAAGUUCAAUCCAAGAGUCAAGCUAGAGGCUCAUCAUGCAAACAUCAAAGACACUCAAUUCGACAUCAGCUGGUAUUCACAGUUCACCCUUGUCUUCAAUGCGCUCGAUAAUCUCGAAGCUCGGCGGCAUGUCAACAAGAUGUGCCUGGCUGCUGAUGUGCCGUUGAUUGAGUCAGGAACCACCGGAUUCAAUGGUCAGGUUCAAGUGAUCAGAAAGGGUAUUACAGCUUGCUACGAUUGCCGGCAGAAAGAGGUCCCCAAAUCAUUUCCGGUCUGCACCAUUCGAAGUACGCCGAGUCAGGCUAUUCACUGCAUCGUCUGGGCCAAAAGCUACCUUCUACCAGAGCUGUUCGGUGAAAGUCAAGACGCCACCCCUGAAGUCGACGUAACAGAGCACUCAGACAACGCAGAGGAGAUCGCCAAGCUCAAAGAGGAGGCCGAAGCAUUGAAGAAGAUCCGCGAAACGAUGGGCUCGGGCGAUUUCGUACAGAAAGUCUUCGACAAGGUCUUCAAAGAAGACAUUGAGCGCCUCGCACAGAUGGAAGACAUGUGGAAGGACAAACCAGCCCCACAAGCAGUCUCAUACGCCUCCAUGGCCGAGCUCUCCACUGACAUUGACCCCUCAAUCGCCCAAUACGACCAGAACAUCUGGAACAUCAUCGAGAAUUUCGUUGUCUUUCGCGACAGCCUCUCACGCCUCGCCGCUCGCCUCUCCCAAGAACAAGCCACCACACAGUCCGGCGCUCCAUCACCCUCAAUUACCUUCGACAAAGACGACAACGACACUCUCGACUUCGUCACCGCAACCGCCAACCUCCGCGCGCAGAUCUUCGGCAUCGAGCUCAAGUCAAAGUUCGACGUCAAGCAGAUGGCUGGCAACAUCAUUCCCGCUAUUGCUACGACCAAUGCCAUGGUCGCCGGGUUGUGCGUGAUGCAGGCCUUCAAGGUCCUCAGGGGCGACUACGAGAAGACAAAGAUGAUUUUCGUGGAUCAUGGAAACAUGCGACCGCAGCCGAGCGAUGCACCGAAUCCGGAGUGUGUGGUUUGUGGGAAUGCGAUGGUCAGACUACAGGUCGACCUUGAGAGAGCGACGCUGAAGGAUCUGGUUGAAGAUGUGUUGAAGGGCAAGCUGGGCUACGGAGAAGAGCUGUCCGUACUCAGCGAACAAGGGCUGAUCUAUGAUCCGGAUCUCGAGGAGAAUCUGGAGAAGAAAUUCGAAGAGCUGGGUGUGAAGAAAGGCUCUUUUCUAAUUAUCAAAGACGACGAGGAUGAGGACGACGAGUCAGCGCCACGGGUUGAUCUGCAGCUUGCAGUCGAAGUCAAGCCUGAUGGCGAGGAUGCCGAUGGACCUGCAGUUGGCUUGCUCCUCAAAUCCGGCGAAGAGACAUUCGAGGUUCCGCGAAAAGCGAAGAAGGCAAAGGAACAAAAUGAAGCCAUCAACGGCAAUGGCGUCACCAACGGUGCAACUCACAACGGUGCUGGCGAUGACGAUGGAGUGGAAGAAGUCACCCUCUCAAUCACGGAUACCGGCGCGACGGCAACCGUGAAGCGCAAGCGCGAUGCUGACGAGGCGGAGCUGGACACGAAUGGUGUGGACGGUCCUGCAAAGAAGGCCAGAUCCGAUCCAAAGGGCAAAGGCAAGGCUGUGGACGCAGAUGUCGUGGUGAUUGAGGAGGAUGAUGGGACGAUUAUGAUUGAUGAUUGA